AUGAGUGGUAGUUGUAAAUUUGAGUGUGUCACCUGCACCGCGCCGGUCAACAUAGCAGUCAUAAAAUAUUGGGGAAAGAAAGAUGAAAGUUUGAUUCUUCCAACAAAUCCAUCGUUGAGUGUAACACUAGGACAAGAUGAGUUGCGAGCAAAAACUUCAGUUGCUGUUAGUGAGAGUUUCAAGGAGGAUAGGAUUUGGUUAAAUGGAAGGGAGGAGUCAAUUGAGAGUCCAAGGAUACAGAAUGUUUUAAAAGAAAUUCGUCGACGAGCACACAAGCGUUCUGCAGACAGCAAAGGUGAGAGUAAACUGUUCCAGCAUGUCCACAUAGUUUCGGAGAAUAACUUUCCCACAGCUGCUGGCUUGGCUUCUUCUGCUGCAGGAUAUGCUUGUUUGGUGUAUUCUCUGGCCAAGCUGUUUGCUGUACAGGGUGAAAUAUCAGAUAUAGCAAGGCAAGGCUCAGGAAGUGCAUGUAGGAGCAUCUAUGGAGGUUUCGUUAAGUGGAAGAUGGGUGAACGAGAAGAUGGGACAGAUUCUUAUGCAGUUCAAGUGGCACCAGAAUCUCAUUGGCCUGAGAUGAGAGCUUUGAUUUUAGUGGUUAGUGAUCAAAAGAAACUAGUUGGGAGCACUGAAGGCAUGCAGACAAGCAUUGCAACUAGUGAACUGAUGAAGCAUAGAAUAAAUCUGGUGCCAAAAUGGACUGAUGAAAUUAUAGAAGCUAUCAAACAAAAAGAUUUCACAACAUUUGCUAAAAUUACCAUGCGGGAGAGUAACCAGCUUCAUGCUGUAUGCCUGGACACCUAUCCCCCAAUAAUGUACCUGAACGACACAUCCAAGCUGAUCAUUAGACUUGUCCACUGCAUCAAUGACAUACUAGGCGUGGAAAAGGUUGCCUACACAUUUGAUGCUGGCCCAAAUGCUUGCCUGUACCUGCUUGAGGAGGAUGUUCCUAGAGUGCUGCACCUGGUCAAACAUUUCUUCCUACCAGCGCAGAGUAAUGGACAGCCAUCCUUUGUUACAGGCAUUCCUGUGCCAGAGUCUGAAGCUUUCACAAGUGACAUAUCAAACAUUCAUCUACCACAGAGUCAGGGAGCCAUCAAGUAUGUCAUUCACACCAAGGUUGGACCAGGACCCCAAGUCUUAACAGACCCUCAAGAGAGUUUAUUUCAUGAGGAUGGCACACCAAAAUUAUAG